UUUGAUCCACCGUCCAAGUUGGUAACAGCCGCGUAUUUAGUGCACGACACUGCGAGUAUUGCAACACGUUGUACAAGAGUUGCUCCGCAUACGUAAUUGCACAGUAAGAUAAAAGCUACUUUAUAUCCGUUAAAAAAACAUGGAGAAACCCAUAGUCCGGGCGAGAGUGGUGAAGGUCCUCGGCAGGACGGGGUCUCAAGGACAAUGUACGCAAGUUAAAGUGGAAUUCUUGAACGAGCAAAACAGACAGCUUAUCAGGAACGUCAAAGGUCCCGUGCGCGAAGGAGACAUCCUAACAUUGUUGGAGUCGGAAAGAGAAGCCAGAAGACUUCGUUAAACCGAAAAAAAGUGGCCACCGCACACCAAACAGAGAACUGACGGAAUUUCAGAAGAACUACGUGAAAAUUCAACUUUGAUAUUUAUUAUAUUUUGGCUGCAGCAUGUCGAUGAAAUCAAAGAUUGAAAGAUUGCCAUUGGCUCUCGUAUGCUUUUCCUGUUUCAUCGUUUUUUUAUUUGGAAAUAAUAUGCCAAACAUCUUCUCAUGCCAAACUUCUACUCAUGUUUGACAACUUUAUUAUUGCAAUUUUUAUCUUCUUGUCUAUUUUAAUGUAUUAAUAAAGUGGUUUAUCACGUA